AUGGGUGAGACUGAUUUGAAGUCUUCUUCAAUUUGGCAAGAAAUUGAACAGUCUGAGAGCUACUUAGUUUGUUCAAUGUAUGAAAAGGCAGCAACUUUAGCUUCUUCAAUUAUAGAACGAAUAAAAGACAGCAACUUUGCUGAUAAUAAUGAAGAUUUUGAUGAGAUUGAGGUAGUUGACAUGUUGGAAUCAGCUGGCAUGGUGUUUGUUCAGGCUUUGAAUCAACUUGGCAGGAGAUCAAAGAUUUUGAAUGAGCUUAAAGUGCUGUUUGUUUCUGCUACAGCUAUUCCUGUUCAAGUUCUUCUCACAGGGGCAUGUUUUCAGAUAUCAGGAUCUUCAUCUGCUGGUGUCCGAGAGUUUCUUGAGGAGUUCCUCAGCAACUGGAGUUUAAUGGAUGGGAAAUACUAUGUUCUUGUUGGUGCGGAAGCAGAUGUUGAUGUCCAGGAAGGAUGUGAUGGGAGGUAUGUUUUGGGAGUUGAUAAGUAUAUGGAGGUUGUUGAAGUCUAUGCUGUGACACUUCUUGGCACGACUCUGAAAGAUUUGGACAGUGCAAUCUCAUGGGUCGAAAAAGCUGCGUUACCUGAUGAAAGUCGACAGGUACUUUUGAGGCGACUGCACUCUUUAUAUUCUCUCAAAGGCAACAAUUCAUCACAAGGCUCGGCAGUUUUGCCAGAAAAUAACCAUGAAGCUCGUUAUUCUUCGUCAAAAGAACUAAAUGGUUUUGAGGGAUCUCCAAAAGGAUUAGAAGCCAAUUACCAGCCUAUUGGGGAGAACAAUACAAAACAAACAAUUUUGAAGCUGGCCAGGCGUGUAGAUCCAUGUUUUUGGUGGUUCCAGUCAAUCAAUUUGAAGUUUGGGAAUGCUCGAGUGGUGAUAACAAAUGGGAAAAUUCUUCUUGGAUGUUUCAUCCUUCUUGCAUAUUAUGUUCUCCGGAGGAAAGGGGCUACUUUGAAUGGGAUUGUUAGAAGGCAAGUUUCAGCUGCAAAGAAGGCUUUGCUAGACUUGUGGCAGCUUGCAUUUUCCUAUCAAGUAAACCCUCUAGCUGCAGUUCAACCUCUCCCUACUGCAACACGAGGAGGCCGGUGA